CCUCCCGCCGCCCCCGCCCCACCGCGGCCGGAUCCGAGUGUGCCGGGCGGUGGGAGGGGAGGGAAGGAAGGGAAGGAGAGCAAGGGAAGGAAGAGAAGGGAAGGGGGGGCGCCCGGCCCUGCGCAGUGAGCGAUGUUUGUCCGCCAUCGCGGCGGAGGCUGAAGGAAGCGCCGCCAGCGGAGCGAGGGGCCCGCGCCGCCGCCUCUCCCGCCCGGCCCGGCCCGGUCGGCCCGGCCCCCGCGCCCUCCGCGCCCCUCCGGGGGCCGCGCUCGCAGCGAAGGUCGCCAGCGGCCUCCCCCGGCCCCGUUCCCGGGUCCACCGCCCCGCCGCGCGUCCCCCGGCUCUGCCGCCCCGCGCCGGAGGCGCCGCCGGACCCGAAGAUGUCGAACCUGAGCAAGGGGACGGGCAGCCGGAAGGACACCAAGAUGCGGAUCCGCGCCUUCCCCAUGACUAUGGAUGAGAAAUAUGUGAACAGCAUUUGGGAUCUUCUGAAAAAUGCAAUCCAAGAGAUUCAGCGUAAGAACAAUAGUGGUCUCAGUUUUGAGGAGCUGUAUAGAAAUGCUUAUACAAUGGUGUUGCAUAAACAUGGUGAAAAACUCUACACUGGACUAAGAGAAGUGGUCACUGAGCACCUAAUAAAUAAGGUGCGAGAAGAUGUGUUAAACUCCUUGAAUAACAACUUCCUACAAACACUAAACCAAGCGUGGAAUGAUCAUCAAACAGCAAUGGUGAUGAUUAGAGACAUCCUGAUGUAUAUGGACCGAGUGUAUGUGCAGCAGAACAACGUGGAGAAUGUCUACAACUUGGGCCUGAUCAUUUUUCGAGAUCAGGUUGUACGUUAUGGUUGCAUCAGGGAUCACCUGAGGCAAACCCUGCUGGAUAUGAUUGCAAGAGAGAGGAAAGGAGAAGUUGUAGACAGAGGCGCAAUAAGAAAUGCUUGCCAGAUGUUAAUGAUUCUAGGUCUUGAAGGAAGGUCAGUCUAUGAAGAAGACUUUGAGGCUCCAUUUUUGGAGAUGUCUGCAGAAUUUUUUCAGAUGGAAAGUCAGAAAUUUUUAGCUGAAAACAGUGCUUCUGUAUAUAUAAAGAAAGUAGAAGCUAGAAUUAAUGAAGAAAUAGAGCGGGUGAUGCACUGUCUGGAUAAAUCAACAGAAGAACCCAUUGUGAAAGUUGUUGAGAGGGAGCUUAUUUCCAAGCACAUGAAAACUAUAGUGGAAAUGGAGAACUCUGGGCUAGUUCAUAUGCUGAAGAAUGGGAAGACAGAAGACCUUGCUUGCAUGUACAAGUUGUUCAGCCGUGUGCCAAAUGGUCUGAAGACAAUGUGUGAGUGCAUGAGCUCAUACCUGAGAGAGCAAGGCAAAGCACUGGUUUCUGAAGAGGGAGAAGGAAAGAAUCCAGUUGACUACAUUCAGGGUUUGCUGGACUUGAAGAGUAGGUUUGAUCGCUUCCUCCAAGAGUCUUUCAAUAACGACCGGCUCUUCAAGCAGACGAUUGCGGGUGACUUCGAGUACUUCCUCAACCUCAACUCCAGGUCUCCAGAGUACCUCUCAUUAUUUAUUGAUGAUAAGCUGAAAAAGGGAGUCAAAGGGCUAACAGAGCAAGAAGUAGAAACUAUAUUGGAUAAGGCAAUGGUUUUAUUCAGGUUUAUGCAAGAGAAAGAUGUUUUUGAACGCUAUUACAAGCAGCACUUGGCAAGAAGGCUUCUGACAAAUAAGAGUGUUUCAGAUGACUCUGAGAAAAAUAUGAUCUCCAAAUUAAAGACUGAAUGUGGAUGUCAAUUCACGUCGAAACUGGAAGGAAUGUUCAGGGACAUGAGCAUCUCAAACACAACGAUGGAUGAGUUCAGGCAACAUCUUCAGGCAACAGGGGUCUCACUAGGAGGUGUUGAUCUCACAGUGCGUGUCCUCACAACAGGUUACUGGCCUACCCAGUCAGCCACACCAAAGUGCAACAUCCCUCCAGCUCCCAGACAUGCUUUUGAAAUAUUUAGAAGAUUUUAUUUAGCCAAACACAGUGGGCGACAGCUGACACUCCAGCAUCACAUGGGUUCUGCAGAUCUCAAUGCCACUUUCUAUGGGCCUGUUAAAAAGGAAGAUGGCUCAGAAGUCGGUGUAGGAGGUGCCCAAGUAACUGGCUCAAAUACACGGAAGCACAUAUUGCAAGUCUCCACUUUCCAGAUGACAAUAUUAAUGCUAUUUAACAACAGAGAAAAAUACACUUUUGAGGAAAUUCAGCAAGAAACUGAUAUCCCUGAAAGAGAACUGGUUAGAGCCCUACAGUCCCUUGCAUGUGGCAAACCAACACAACGUGUUCUCACAAAAGAGCCCAAGUCAAAAGAAAUAGAAAAUGGUCAUAUAUUUACAGUGAAUGAUCAGUUCACAUCUAAACUACACAGAGUCAAGAUUCAGACGGUUGCUGCCAAACAAGGAGAAUCUGAUCCAGAAAGGAAAGAAACAAGGCAGAAAGUAGAUGAUGACAGAAAACAUGAGAUAGAAGCUGCUAUAGUUCGGAUAAUGAAAUCUAGAAAGAAGAUGCAGCACAAUGUGCUAGUAGCAGAGGUAACUCAGCAGCUGAAGGCCCGAUUCUUACCAAGUCCAGUUGUUAUUAAAAAACGUAUUGAAGGACUUAUUGAGAGAGAAUAUUUGGCACGAACACCUGAGGAUCGCAAAGUAUACACUUACGUAGCAUAAAAUGCGUUCAGAAAAUUUGAUUUAUUCUUGGACUAUACUCUUCGCAUGAACUGGGAAGUUCUUUUAAAUCAUUAAUAUUAAGACGACCAUCUUCUCUAUUAAAUUACAGUACAUGUUCUAGACCAUUCAGAUCAAGCCUUUUACUCCUUUUGAGAGUUUUUGACAUGAAUUAAUUGAGCUUCAGGCUUUUCAACGUUAUCCCUGUAGAGAUCAUCCUUACAAUUCUUCGGGAAAAUGUGAAUGUGCCGCGUUUGUUUUCAAUACUGUAUGAAAACAGAGAAAUAAAAAUGACUUUAGAAAAUACAGCUCAUUUAAAAAAAUAAAUUUGUUGGAAUUUCAUUUCCCCAGA